AUGGCAGCAGGCUCAGGGGCCCGCAGGGUCAAGACGGCCCAUGUCAACAUGAUGACCGACAGCAUCAUUACGAAUAUGACGCCUGAGGGAAUGCGGGUUAUCAUGCGCUCAUUGUUGGCUUCUCAUCAAGAAAUUACGUCCACAUUCGAAACAGAGACCAGAAGCUACAUUCAAGACGUGGCACUUCCGAAAAUCCAGGCUCAGUCUAGAGGUCUGGAUACGUCGUCAUUGAAAGCGACUCAGAAGACAAUUCGGUGCAUGAUGGGAUGCGGCCUCAGUCACGAGAGCAUCACCCUCAUGGGCAACUUGACUAUGCAGGGUGUCGAUCUACUCCUCAGCCAAGGGACGAGCACGGAAGAGUUUCUAGCAUCCAUCGACGGAGAUGUUGUGCAGCUGAUAACUGCGAUAGAAAAGACCCUGCUCUCAGCUGGGCGCUCUAAACUUCUGGACGAGGAGCGGAAACUCCUGGACAGCCUACACCAAGCCCUGCUUGACUGUAAGGCAACCACAAACGAGAAAGGUCUCGAUUAUCCUUACACACGGGCAUUGACGGCGACUUGCAUCCUCCUGGAAGUCCCGAUCCCAGCCUUCGAUGACAUCAACACGCCAGACAACAACCUGCAGGUCGCUCUUCCCGAAGCCAAGGAGACCUUCGAGAUGAACGGGCGCGGACUCCCCAGAAUCUUCUCGGGUCUCUGGCAAAUGUCGAGCCCAUCGUGGGGUUCAGCACCAGCUUCCAAAAUCAUUGCCCAGUUCUCCCAAUACGUCAGCUCUGGAUUGGUUGCUUUCGACAUGGCCGAUCACUACGGCGAUGCGGAAAUCGUCUUUGGACGUUUCAACUCUUCGUAUCCUGUUAAGGGGACGACAUUCGCCGGCACCAAGUACUGCGUGUUCAACCCCAUGACCGUCACUCGUGAGGCUGUUAAGGCCAACGUAUCCGAGAGAUGCAGGCGACUGCAGACGGACAGGAUUGACUUGCUGCAAUUCCACUGGCAAUUCUACGAGGACCCUCAAUACAUCGAGGCAUUGCAGUUCUUGGCGGAAGAUCCACGAUUCUCCCUUAUUGAUUCCAGGCCAGUCGUGCGUAUGGCCGAGGUGUGUGAGAAGCACAAUGUAAAGCUUCUCACAUACGGGACUUUGUGUGGCGGUUUCCUUGCCGAGAAGUGGCUUGGUAAAGACGAACCUGAUCUUUACGCCGAGACGAUCACCCCAAGCCAACGCAAGUACUACGCCAUGAUCAAAAGCUGGGGUGGAUGGGAGCUAUUCCAAGAGCUUCUGCGCACGUUGGAAUUGGUGAGCUCCAAGCACGGUGUGAGUCUAUCUACGGUCGCGAUUCGCUGGGUACUGGACUUCCCCUACGUCGGCGCCGUCAUUGUGGGUGCUCGUAUGGGUAUUAGUGAGCAUGCGGACGAGAACACGGCUGCGCUCGGCUGGUCUCUGGAUGAAGAUGAUCGAACCUCGAUUGAACAGAUUUUGAAGAGAAGCAAGAGGAUGGAGAUGUUUGAGGACAUGGGCGACUGCGGUGGAGAAUAUCGCUAG